AUGGAUGACGGCCUCUUGAGGCAGGUCGCCUCCUUCAUUUCGGCACACUCACUUGCAGGGUCGUUGAAAAGAAAGCAGGAGGGCGACAGUGAGGAUGAUCAAGAAGCAGGCAAACACUUGCUAGAAAGUCAGUCCGCCUCAGCACCCAGGUCUAUUGUCCUCCAGCGCAUCGCUUGCGUUAUCGCCAGCUUGGGAUGGAUGGUGGUGUCGAGUGGUCUGAUCCUUCUGAACAAGCACCUCAUGGUGAAAGAUGGCUUCAAGUAUCCCAUGGCGCUGUCAGGGAUGGGCAUGGUGUUCAGUGCCAUUGCAAGUUUCUUGGCAUGCAGGGUGUUCAAGGUGGUAACGCUAAAGGCUGCCACAAAUGCAGUGACCACAAAAUACUUCUUGACACACAUCAUGCCCGUUGGGUUUUUCAUGGCUGCCACCUUGCAUUUCGGCAACCUCGUGUACUUGCACUUGACCGUUGCCUUCAUACAGAUGCUGAAGUCGGUCACACCUGUGAUGACGAUGUUCCUGCUAUUUGCAGCGAGACUAGAGACGCCAACCACAAGGAUGAUCCUCUCUGUAUUGAUAGUAGCCUUUGGGACAGCAAUGGCGUCCUAUGGCGAAGUGCAAAUGACUGCUGUUGGGAUGGCAGCAGCAUUCCUAUCAAGUGGCUCUGAAGCCAUUCGCCUGGUGCUGACUCAGCAUGUGCUGGUGGGCCACAAGUUUCACCCAAUAGAAGGUUUGAUGUACCUGGCACCUGCUUGUAUAUUUUGGCUUUUUCUUGGGGUUGCAUUUUUUGAGUAUGGGACCAUGGUGGAGGCCAAUGCUUUUGCCUUAGUCAUGAGGUCGCCACUGACCUACUUGACAGCUGCUGCUCUUGGCUUUGGGGUGAAUUCUCUGGGCUACUGGGUGAUCGUGUUGUCAUCUUCCCUCACGCUAAAACUCUUGGCGACUGUGAAGAGCGCGGCACUUGUGCUGUUCUGUGCCCUCUUUUUGGGAGAGACUGUGACGCUCAUUGAAGCUCUUGGCUAUGCAUUGAGCAUCGUGGGCUUCCUGUGGUACAACAAGAUCAAGAUGGAGGAUGCGGUGCAGAGCAAAUGA